AACGCGAGCUGUAUCAUCGUCACAGAUAAAGACCGCAUCCUGACAAGCGCGGGCUCGGCUGCGUUUAGACCUCAUCCGUUAUCGUGUGCAAAUAAGAACGGCGUGGCCCUCAUUUCCAUUCGCACAGGCACUCGGGAGCAAGGAAACACGGUGCACGAGAUGGAGAAAGCAACAGGAAACUCAUCAACCAUCUAUACUGACGGAAGUGUGGUCGACGUAGCCCGGAAAGUCAUCAGCAGUCAGGAAUACGAUGACGCCUUCUUCAUUUGCGAUGUCCGUGAUCUGCUUAGCAAAGUUGAACUUUGGAAGCAUGAGCUGCCCAGAGUGACCCCGUUCUACGCCAUCAAGGCUUGCACAGAUCCUGUUGUACUUAAGCUUUUGAAGGACAGGGGCGUGAACUUCGACUGUUCAAACAGAAGGGAAAUCGCCACCAUGCUCGCUCUUGGAACAACACCUGAUCGCAUUCUAUACGCCCAGACAGUGAAAAAUUGCUCCCACCUGGACUACUCUUUAGAGCAUGGCGUCGACCUUAUGACAUUCGACUCAGCCGAAGAACUGGACAAAAUACACCAUAAAGACGCAAGGCUCUUGCUCCGCAUAAUCGGCGACGAAGAGGGAUGUCACUACACGCUCAACAAGAAAUUUGGAUGCCUGAUCAGUGAUGCGCCAAAACUACUGGAGAAAGCCCGAACCCUUGGCCGCAAAGUGGUUGGCAUUGCAUUUCACGUAGGCUGUGCCUAUACAGACCCGAGCAUAUUUGUGAGAACUAUUGAACAAGCCAGAAAAAUAUUCGACCUGGCAACUCAAAUGGGCUUCGAAAUGAGCGUCCUCGACAUAGGCGGUGGUUUUCCAGGGGGUCUACGAAACAAGGAAAAAUUUCUUAAGGUGUGCGAAGCUAUCCGUUCCGCUCUGGACGCUCAAUUCCCACCAUCAAGUGGCGUCAAGAUUUUGGCUGAGCCCGGCCAGUUCUUUGUGACGUCAGCGUACACUCUGCUUCUGAAAGUAGUUGGAAAGAGGAAGAGGAAUCUUCUGAUCGACGGAAAAGUCCAAGAAUACCAAGAAGUCUUCCUGAGCGAAAGCAAGAGGAACUGCAUCACCAACUGCAUCUACGAUUUCUUGGAUGUACAGUUCCGGCCAUUGGACCCGCCGUACGAACGCCCGUGCAACCUUCUCAGCACACUUUGGGGCGCAACCUGUAGCCCACUGGACUGCAUCGCCGACAGGCAGCUCUUCUUCGACGCGAAGCCGGACGAAUGGAUAAUCGUGGACAACAUGGGGGCCUAUUCGCUCGUCAACGCCUGCGGCUUCAACGGCUUUGGAUUCCCACGCGUCCACUACGUGGUCGAUCCAGCGGAUGCGCUGCAGUCCGCGCUGUCAUAGAUGCCCUGCCCGUAGAAGGCGGCUACGGGCCAAUGAUUGAGAUUGUGAAGAAACGUCCCGGUGACAACGCUCUUAAGAAAAAUGGCCUGGUGGAGAAUGGCCUGAUAGGAAAUGGGCUCGUAGAAAAUGGGGUGAUAGAAAAUGGCCUGAUACAGAAAGGCUUUACACAGAAUGGCUUGACGCAGAAUGGCCAUUGACAACGCUCAGAUUUAGUAGUGAGCCUGAUGACAAAAUGAGUUCGCGGAUCACAUCCCUGUUAUCCUGCGCACUUUUUCGUUUUACGUGAGUCCUAGCCCCAAGUGUACAUUUAUGGUACUUUGAAGCUCUCACGCUAUUUCCGAGGUUGUGGUUCGUAAAAUCGUGUGAGGGCUGACUUGUUUCUGCUAUGUGCUAAUCGUUCGAUUGCCUUAGAGCGUGCUAAACGAAGCGCUAGUGGCUGAAACAUUGUUUAUCGGCCGAAUGACGUCAUGUUAUAUUUUCAACAAAAACAUUUCAAAAAGUGUUUGCUUUUUGCUGUUGAGAAGUUCAGAUACGUUGUAUAAGUACAGGACGCCUAAGCGCAGGUACUUAGCACUUUCGCGCAUCACAAAUUGAACAGU